AAGUGUGUGUGUGUGUGUUUUGGUGGUUAGACCUGUUCCUCCUGACACACCACUCUAUUGACGCAGAGCCUCAUCAGGACAGGAAGUAAAGCACAAUCCCGACAGCAUGGGGUCAUAACUCAUCCUCAUGAAAGCUACAUGAGCUGAUCGUUGUGGACUUUCCUCAUUUCCUUGGUCCUGAGCUGUACUUCAAACCCUGACAUGAACAUGGCCACCGAUUUGGGAUACAACUUUGUGUUUAAAGUGGUGUUAAUUGGGGAAUCUGGAGUUGGGAAGAGCAACCUGCUGUCCCGAUUCACCAAGAGCGAAUUUAACCACGACAGUCGCACCACCAUCGGGGUGGAGUUCAGCACUCGCAGUGUGCAGCUGGACGGAGUGACCAUUAAAGCUCAGAUUUGGGACACAGCCGGUCUGGAGCGCUACAGAGCCAUCACCUCAGCGUAUUACAGAGGUGCAGUCGGAGCUCUGCUGGUGUACGACAUCAGCAAACACCUGACGUACGAGAACGUGGAGCGCUGGCUGAAGGAGCUGUACGACCACGCAGACCCUCAUAUUGUCAUCAUGCUGGUGGGGAAUAAGAGUGAUCUGGCAACCCAGCGCACCGUUCCCACAGAGGAGGCCAAAGCUUUUGCAGAGAGUAAAGGUCUGCUCUUCAUCGAAACUUCAGCUCUCCAAUCCACCAAUGUGGAGAGUGCCUUCCUCCAGGUUCUCACAGAAAUCCACAGGAAGGUGGCGAGUAAACAGGUGACUCGUGGCUCCAUCAGCGCUGUGACUCUCGGCACCACUGGACCCAUCAUCGAAGCUGCAGAAGAGAGCAGGAGCUGCUGCAGGAAACAGUGAAGAUACCAGCAUCAUCCUCACAGAGAUGCCUACAGACAUCAACUUCACACUGCAUUUAGUCAAGCUGAUCUGUCAGCUGUGUUCCAACACUGAGCUCCAACACACACUCGUCCACUUCCUCUAGAUUCACUGCCCUCGGGCAAGUUUACUGUCAGCCACCAUCUUUAUUCUGAACUUAAACCUCAUUCAUUCUCAUUCUGCAGCGUCACUUUAACUCUAUUUAUAUUGAACACAUUCACGUCACAUUAGUACACUGGCGUGAAGAAAGUCUGUGAGCGUUUCUGCUGAAAUUUACACUCCAACACACACCACAUGGACACACACAUGUGAUGAUGUGGAGGUUGUAGGGGACAAGUGUGUGUUCUACAUGGUAUUGGAACACAGCAUGGGGUCACGUGGUGAUGAUCUGUUGUGUGUUUUGUGUUUUGUGAUGAUGGUGUGAAUGUCACGGCUGAUGUUCAGUCACAUUUACACUCUGGAUCCAUGAGUUACAAUGAAAUUAUUUAUUUUACAGCCGAUGUGAUGCACAGAAUUCGACCCGGAGAGAAUGUUUACAUGCCGUUUGAGUUGAUUUUGUGAUAUUUUUAAUGUUACAUUUAGAAAAUCCCACACUUUUAAAAGCAAAGCUCACAGUGACAAAGUUUAUUAAAUGUAAAUUCCCAUUAUUUUAAUAUGAACUCUAUAUUUUUUCAGUCAGUUACGAUUCUGUGUAGAGAUUCAAUAAACACAAUAUAACACUAA